GGUCCCGGCGGCGAGCGCCAGAGCGUCCCCGCUCCCCGAGGGGCACGGCAGCGGCGAUGCCCAGGCGGAGCAUCGCCGAGGUGAAGGUGCUGGACGUGCAGAAGCGGCGCAUCCCCAACAAGCACUAUGUUUACAUCAUCAAGGUCACCUGGUCCAAUGGAGCCACAGAGGUCAUUUACCGGCGCUACAGCAAGUUCUUCGACCUGCAGAUGCAGAUGCUGGACAAGUUCCCCAUGGAAGGAGGCCAGAAGGACCCCAAGCAAAGGAUCAUUCCCUUCCUGCCAGGGAAGAUCCUGUUCCGCCGGAGCCACAUCCGCGACGUCGCCGUCAAGCGCCUGAUCCCCAUCGACGAGUACUGCAAGGCCCUGAUCCAGCUGCCUCCCUACAUCUCCCAGUGUGAGGAGGUGCUGCAGUUCUUCGAGACACGGCCUGACGACCUGAGCCCCCCCAAAGAGGAGCCCAUUGGAAAGAAGAGGUCUGGAGCUGACUGUGCCUCGGCAGAGCCCCUGGUGCUGGAGCAGUAUGUCGUGGUGGCCGACUACCAGAAGCAGGAGAGCUCGGAGAUCAGCCUGUGCGUGGGCCAGGUGGUGGAUAUCAUUGAGAAGAACGAAUCAGGCUGGUGGUUUGUGAGCACCUUGGAGGAGCAGGGCUGGGUGCCAGCGACCUGCCUGGAGGCCCAGGAUGGAGUCCAGGAUGAGUUCUCCAUGCAGCCUGAUGAAGUGCCAUGGAGGUACUGGUCUCUGCCCAGGCACCUCGGCCGCCGCCGGACGCUUGGGGACUUGUACACCAGUGGAUGGGCUCAAGAGGAGAAGUACACAGUUAUUUACCCCUACACUGCAAGGGACCAGGAUGAGAUGAACCUGGACAGAGGGGCUGUGGUGGUGGUGAUCCAGAAGAACCUGGAGGGCUGGUGGAAAAUCAGGUACCAGGGCCAGGAGGGCUGGGCUCCUGCCUCCUACCUGAGGAAGGGCAAUGGAGAUGUGCUGCCAGCCAAGCUGGGCUCGGGCUCCUCGGCUCCCUCCAGUGCCCUGGAGCUGGAUGGGCUCUCCAGGCAGCAGGGGCUGGCCAGGGACAAGGACGGGCUGGGGGCCCAGAGGGACGGCAGGCUGGAGAGCCGGGCACUGGCCAGCGCCGACAUCCGCCGCAAGUCACCAAAGAUGAGGCAGAGGCCACCUCCUCGCCGAGACCUCACCAUACCCCGUGGUUUGAACCUGCCUAAGCCUCCUGUCCCCCCUCAAGUGGAGGAGGAGUAUUACACCAUUGCUGACUUCCAGACCACCAUCCCUGAUGGCAUCAGCUUCCAGGCUGGAAUGAAAGUGGAGGUUAUUGAGAAGAACCUGAGUGGCUGGUGGUACAUCCAGAUCGAGGAGAAGGAAGGCUGGGCCCCUGCCACCUUCAUUGACAAGUACAAGAAGACCAGCAACGCCUCCAGGCCCAAUUUCCUGGCUCCCCUUCCCAACGAGAUGGCGCAGCUGCGGCUCGGGGACACCGACGGCGAGGAGGGGAUGGGGCCCUGCCGACCCCUGCCAGAGGCUCCUCCCAACGGCAUGGACUGUGCUGCCAGGUGGGGCAAGGACUGGAAGGGGAAGGAGGCUCCUGACAGCGGGGACCUGUCCUUUGCCGGCGGCUACGAGGAGAUCGCGGACCGCGACGCGGAGGAGAAGCCCAGCCUUCCUCCCAGGAAGGAGUCCAUCAUUAAAUCAGAAGGAGAGCUGCUGGAGAGGCAGAGGCCUCCCCCCAAGCCCCCAGGCAUGAUCCUGCCCAUGGUGCCACCCAAGCAGUCGGCAGCCCCCAGGGACGGCAAGAAGCCGGAGCUCAAACCGGAGAAGGGCAAACUGUUCCAGCUGAAAAACGAGAUGGGACUGGAGUGUGGGCACAAAGUGUCGGCCAAGGAGGUGAAGAAGCCGAACCUCCGGCCCAUUGUCAAGCCAGCCAAGCCAAAAGCUGAGCCUGUGGAGGACAAACCUGAGCCCAUCGCCCAGAACUUGUUCUUGAAGUCAAGACCUCAGAUCAGGCCUAAACCCGCCGCGUCCCCCCGGACUGAGCCGCCCCCGGCCGAUGACAAACUGGACAUUUGCAGCCUGAGGAGCAAGCUGAGGCCUGCCAAGUGCCCAGAGAAGCCCUUGGAGCAGGACUCCACUGCAGAAAUCUCCUUCAGCAACGCCGUGGUCUCCUCGGAGCCCUGCGGGAGGUUUCCGGAGCGGCCGGGCAUGGAGAGCAAAGCCCUGCCCAGGCUGGACAGCGUCCCCAAGGAGGCGCUGCCCAAAUGUCCCCCGGGCCCAGCCAGCCCCCCCUGUGCCAGGGACGCCCCUGUGCAGCGCCCUGUGGUGCCACCUCGCCGGCCACCCCCUCCCAAGAAGGUUGGGGCUCCUGGUUCCAUCCCCGCCGAGCCCAGGGCUCCGGCACGGGAACCUGGCGAGCUCCGAGCCUCUGCAGUGCCAGGGAGGCCCAUGCUGGUCCCUCCCAAAGCCAAACCCUUCCUCUCUGCCUCCCUGCAAGACGAAGCCAAAGCCAGAAGCAGCGUGAACCCAAAGGUCAUCUCCAAACCCAUGGAGGCCAAGGAGAGAAGCGCAGCCGCCGUCUCCAGCCAGGACAUCUCCAGGGAAGCUCUCUACGUGGCAGUGGCGGAUUUUGAGGGCGAUGAGGAGACCAACAGCUUCAGAGAAGGGACUUUGUUUGAGGUUCGUGAGAAGAACAGCAGUGGCUGGUGGUUCUGCAAGGUCCUGGCUGGGGGGCCGUGCUGGGAGGGCUGGAUCCCUUCCAAUUACCUGAGGAAAAAGCCCUAGCUGCUCCUCAGCCUGCAUGGCUGGAGGCUCCCGGGUCUCCCACCUGAGUAUUUAAUGAGCUGAUUAAUUUAUAGUUCUCUGUAAGGGUGGCUUUAAAAGAAAAGAUAAUAAUUGAGAUCCCAUGCCUCAGCUAGAGGAAGCAGCUCAGCCUCCCCUGCCCUGUGCUCCCAGCCAUCCUCCUCCUCACAUUCCCCAAAGGACUUGGCCCUGUGGUUCUCUGUGUUUGGGACAUGCACCUCGAGUGACAUUUUGGCACCUCUGUGGUGAAUUGGAGAGAAAUCCAGCAGCCGCCAGGUGGAGUGGUACCAGUGAAGGAAACCACGGAAGGAUUUGCCUUUCCCUGCAGCUCAGGGUUGCAGGGCACGUUGUUCAGUCCAGGGGUGCAGCAGAGCCACGGGGAAUGUGGCAGAGAGGAGGAAGGAUGGCUGAGAACAGGUUCCUGCAGCCCUGUCCCUGCCUGAGGGCUGUGCCUGCACGGGGAUCAUCCCUUGGUCCUUCCCUGCCCUACGAUGACAAGUGUUAACUUCAACAUCCUCCUGGUGAAAAAAAAUUGGGAAAAAUCCGCCCUCAUUUAGCAUCUCCCGUCUGUACUGGUCCAGGACAGCUCUUGGGCUUCUCCCUGCAAUACUGCAACCAAACAUCAGAGGGGUUUUGCUGCCGGAGCUGAGGAAUUCUAUGCAAUGCACAGAGGACCAGAAGGACCCCAAACCCCCUGGAAGAAGGAUGCUUUGCUCUCCUCCCCACACAGACUGCCCUGCCUGUUGGACUAGAGGGGACCCCCCCUCCCCAGGACCCACUGAGCUCCCCGGGCUGGAGCUGGGUCCUUCCCUCGGUGCUGAUCUUAUCAAGUGCAAUCCACAAUGGGGGAGUUCAGCUCCUCUCACACCAGUUCUGAGGUGUCUGGUGCUCAGGGGCUGCCUGCUGUCUUUGUCACUCACCUGCCUGUCCUUGCAGCUCACCCUGGAGGGGCUUCAGGAAAACCAGAGCCUGGGUUUUUCCAUGCUGACAUUCCUGCCUUGCCCUCAGUGCUGCUUAUCCCAGCAGGAGGAUGAGCGUGGAUGAGCUGUUGUUCCCCAGUGCUGCUUUCUUCCCUUCUGUCCUUGGCUAUUUGUAGCUUCAGGGCCACGUUUCUCUCCAGAAGAGCUUUAAACCUGGAUGUCUGUGGGUUUCACAGUCACUGAAUUGUUUGGGCUGGAAGGGACCUCUGGAGAUCAUCCAGUCCAGCCCCACUGCCAAGGCAGGGUCAGGUUUGGUGUUGACCAAGCCCUGUUGCCCUCUCUGCUCUAAUUACAGAUGUCAGCAAUGCAGCCACAUUGUUUUGCUGCUGAGAAUAAUGGCAGUUUUCCCUCUCAUUUGAGGCUGGCUGAAUUGCAGGAGUGUUCUUCUCUCCUCUAGAUGCUCACUUCCUCCUCUGUCCCAUAUUUUCCACCCUGGGAAUGUGGAGUUGAAGAUCCCUCUGCACACAGAAGAAAAACCCUGCUGCCUCUGGCCAGGAUCAUUCUGGGAGGUCAGUUUGAUCUCAUACAGAAAAAUCCUGACCAUCCUCAUAUCCAGAAGCUCCAAAAUUCAUUUUUAGCCAUGGGAAUCACACACCCCGCUGUGUGGCUGAUUCCUCUGCCUCCCACCUGCGGUUUUCUCCAGCAGCACAUCAGCCCCUGAUCAGGCUGACUCACCUGAGCUGGCAAAAAACACCGAAUUUACAACCCAAUGCAAUACCAGAGCUCCUUGCUGGCACACGGGGAGGUGUUGAUGUGCUCUGGGAGAGCUGCAGGGUGGGCUGAGACAGCUCUGCCUUCACUCCAAUCAAUCCCUUCUGCUUUGGGAAGGAGUGGGGACAGGAUGAGUUAAACCAGAGCUGCUCCACAGCCAAAUCCAGCUGCCAGGGGAUGUGGGAAGGGGCUGGAGCUGUGUCCCUGCUCUGACACAGGGUGGAAGGGCUGUGUGUCCUUGCUCUGCUUUGCUGAACGUCCUUUCCAUCCCAGCUGUGUCUCAGACACUCUGUGCUCUGCUCAGAGAGGGCUCUGCUCUUUGUGUGGCUGCUCCCUCUCCCCUCGCAGCCUGAGCCUCAGAACUGGUCGUGCUCCAUUUUCCUGACACAAGUACUGUAUUUCUGUAUUUGACAGGAUGGCUCCCUCCUUCCCAAAGAGCUUCCAAGAGGGAUCACCCUCAGGAGGUGCCCACACCUGCAGCCUUACCCCUUUUUCCUGUUUGCCAAGGGGCCUUGGGCUGGCCAAACUCCUGUGGGGAAGAUGCCAGGAGCCACUGGGCUGGCAGGGCUUUGUCCCCCCGUCUGAUUUGUGCCCCCUGUGCCCCAAGCCAGGCUGCCUCUCCUCCCUGCACCUCCCUGCUACCUCGUGAGGAGGAGGAGGGUGGCCUGAAGCACCCCAAAUUCAGGGGUAGCCCCCCAGCAGCCACAGCCCAGCCUCCAGAGCUGCCCUGAGGCUGUGGCCAGGGGGACACUGCUGUGGCUUUGGGGACAGGCUGGGCUGGGCACGUCCUGGGUGGCCAUCAGCUCCUGCCAGGCUCCCAAAGCCCGUUUGUUUGUCCAUGUGUGUGUGUAUUAUGUAAUUAAUAUGUAUAAAUCUCCAUUACUGGGGUGGGGGGGGGGAGCAGGAGGUAGAUGUAGCUGUGUCCAUGCCCUGUCUAUACCUUCACCUUUAAGGGAUGGAUUUUUUUUUUUAUUUGUUGGG